UUGAAUCUGGCUUCGGAAGCGCCAAAUCGAAUCGAUGACUGUAAAGCCGAGAAGUGAGCCAGCCAGCCUCUGUCCAUCGGAAAAUAUCGUAUGUUUGAACGGACGCCAGAGGUGGCUGGGGUAAGGAGCGUCUCUCUCGAGAUCCUGCAAAUAAAAGGCGCUCAAGUUUCUAGGCUUCAAGAACCUGCAACGCGAAGCAGGAAAGCGGUUUGAUUGGUGACACUGUCUCAAAUCACAUCAGGAAGAGGUUUCUGUCAGAUAGUGAUCCACUGGAUCUCCACGGCAGAUGAUUCUGUCUAUAUAGAACCCCAGAUCCCAUUAUCCUCAAAACUUGCAAAAUUUUGAAGUGCAAUCCCAAGAAGUUGCUUCCUUCUUCACUUAGCAUAUGACGUCUGUGAACUGCAAAUAGUAUACCAUGACAAAACGUGAGGCUUUCCUAAAGGCUGUGCAUAACGAUUCCAUAGAAGAGUUUUUGCAUUUCAUCCAACUUCAUAAUGAUGCGUCAGAUUCCUUUGAUCUACAUGAACUCGUUCAAGAGCUAUCAAGAAAGCAAAAGGAAACGUUGUGGAAUAGAUUAAAGGACUUGUUAGCCAAGGUUUUGCUGGAUAAUCCCAUAGAAGAAUGGCAAAGCAUGGUGGAUGACAGCAUGGAAACUGAAGAAAAUGCAGCACUGAAGCAAACUACAGCUGUGAUUCAAGGUGUAGCAACUAUAGUUACUGCAUCCAUUCCUACAUUAGAUGAAGAUACUGACAUCAAAACCCUUUUAGAAUGUGCUGUGAUAUUAAAUGGGAUUCUUUCGGUACUACCGGAUUCUGAAAAAUCUCUGUUGGAAGCAAUUCAGCGCCUUUCAGAAUGCUGGUGGGGUAAGGGAUUAGAAGAAAAAGAACAAUUUGGGAAAACUGCUUUUUUGGUGCUUCUGAGGAAGAGUCUGGGGAAUAAAAUUGUUCCGGGGGAAGUUUUGACCAGCCUAUGUUGCCUUCACCGGGUUCUACUGUGUUUUGAUUAUGACUCAGACGAGAGUAAUGAAAUUAAAGAUUUGUUACUUCGGUGCUUUAUGAGCCAAGGCUACAUUAAAAAAGAAGAGGGAAGAAGAUUCUUGAGCUUUCUUUUUACAUGGAAUGUAGAUUUCAUUAAGCUGAUACAUGGGACUAUUAAAAAUCAACUCCUAUGUUUUCCUAGGUCCUUGAUGAACCAUGUCGCUGAGGUUUACUUCAGAGCUUGGAAGAAGAGUUCAGGUGAAAUACUAGAGGUAAUUGAAUAUAACUGCAUUCAGGAUUUCAUGCAUCAUGCAGUUCAUCUUCCCCGGCGGUCCCCCCUAAACGCAAAAGUGCGAGAGAUGCUAAACUAUUUCCACACACGAAAUAAAUCUCGCCAAGGAGUUGAAGAAGUUCUUUAUAGACUUUAUCAACCUAUUCUUUGGAGAUCUUUGAAGGCCAGGAAUCCUGAGAUUCGUUCAAAUGCAGCACUGAUUUUUAGUGAAGCAUUCCCUAUUCUGGAUCCCAGUUUUAACAAACAUGAUAUGGAAAAAGAAAUCCAGAAGCAAUUUAAUGAACUUUUUGCUCUCUUAGAAGAUCCUCAACCCGCAAUCCGCUCAACAGGAGUACUUGCAGUUAGUAAAAUAACAUGUAAAUAUUGGAAGAUGAUUCCGGCAGCAUUGCUUGCUGAAUUUCUGAAAACUUUGAUUGAAGAUCUUGCUUUUGAUGCAAGUUCAGCUGAUGUCCGAUGUACCGUUUUUAAAUGCUUGCCUAUACUUUUGGACAAUGUACUGAGCCACCCAUUACUGGAACAGCUUCUGCCAGCACUGAAGUACAAUCUCCAUGACAAUUCGGAGAAAGUUAGAGUGGCUUUCGUCGAUAUGUUGCUGAAAAUUAAGGCCACGAAAGCUGCAAAGUUUUGGAGAAUUUGUCCUGUAGAGCACCUCUUAGCUCGCCUUGAGAUUGAUUCACGGCCUGUGUCCCGACGGAUAGUAAAUCUUCUGAUCAACUCUUUCCUGCCCAUCAGUCAACCAGAAGUGUGGUGUGAACGCUGUGUAACACUCAUCCAAAUGAAUGCACCUGCAGCUAGAAAAUUCUAUCAGCACGUUCACGAAUACACUAGUCCCACCAAUAUAGCUAAGCUCAUAAUUGCCAUUCGGAAUUGUUUGAACGGCUCUAUCCAACAGCAGUUAAAGGAAUCUGAGAGUGGAGAUGAGCAGAACGAGAAAGAAAACAUAAGUGUAACAGAUAACUUAUUUUUGAUUGAUGACCUACCUUCCAUGGCUGGCUUGCUUGAAAUUAUCGUAAUUCUCUGGAGGAGUAUUCAGAAACAACUUGAUUGCAAUGAAGAAGCAAAAAAUCACAUUGUCCAAAAGUUUGCUUCUGUGCUACCAACAUAUUUAAAAAAUUUCAAGGACGACCGUUGUGUGUCUCCAAUAAUUAUCCUGGCAUCUUUCAUCCCACCUGCUGCUAUUCCUACAUUCAGUUGUGGUGUGGUUUCAAAGCUGAAGAAAAUGGAAAAUGGUGUGACUGAAAAGAAGUAUUCCACCCUACUUGACUGUCUGUGUCGCUGGGGCAAAUUAGGACAUAUCCUUGAAUUAAUCUGCGAUUGGAUAACAACUGAGCCAAGGAAUAGAGAGACUGAUGAGACUGAACGGCGAGUACAAAUCCAAGAAACGGAUGAGGCCAAACCGGAACUGGCCCUUGAUUAUUUAGAAUAUUUACUGACUCACUGUAUGAACCAAAACUGCCUUUUGUCUCUCUCCAGAAACAAACUGAAUGAGCUUCUGAAAGUUCUUGAACGCGGAAAGGAUGAGCUAGAUUCUUACAUUCAAGGAUGCAACCUGGCAUAUUGUGGCUUUUAUCAAGCAACAGCAGUGAGAGCCUUCAGCCUCUACUGUAGGUUGAAUAUACAUCUUUUACAUAAGUUUGUCUCUGAAGAACAGGAUUAUCUCUCAGCUUUGGAGAAGACGGGGACCUGGAUAGAAAUCAGCAUUCUGCCUCAUUUAUUGUUAGAGGAAGAAGAGGGUUACUUCAAGCCAUCCAGUGAAAUCUCUCAAUGGGUGAUUCAGACUUACCUAUUGGUGUGCAAAGAUCUUAUAGCUGUUGGACUUGGUGAUUUCGGAUUUCAAGCUAGUCUUCUGAACUUGGCAUCUAGGAUCAUAUGCAGAGGAAAAGGCGCCAUUUUCAUUCCAAUGUUGCUCUCUAUCCUGAGAGAGAUUGUUGAAGCUUUCUUAGCCUGUGACGUUGUCAACACUGAUUGCAUAGCAGAACUUGCAAAUAAUGUUCCUAUAAUGUUCCAGAAAAUUCUAGAGACCAUGGCACUUAAGCUCAGAAGACAACAAGAAGAAGGGAUACAGUUAAUUCACUCUGCUCAAGGGCCUCUUGGAGAAUUUGUACACGUAGUCCAGUCCUGUGUGUUGAUUUUCCCAGUGAUUUAUAAAGGAGUUAUUUCUUCUCUUUUAGCCGCAGUAGUGGUUGAGAUAAAUUGCAGCUUGAAAAAAAAGUUAUUGGCUACAGAAGAACUAAUAACACCGAAGACAUUCUUAAAUCUCCCACCACUUUCAAGCGUUAUAAUGGCGAUUCUGAAUAACUCAACAAAAGGGGUUAGGUCUUUUCUAAAUGAAUUACUGGAAUACAUUGAGUCUGAAGAAUGUGAAGGAAUUAUUAGCCUUACCACUAGUGUGUACAUUGUUGCUUUAAUUAAAGGUAAACGAAAACCUUCCUAUAUAAAGGCCAUUGCAGCUACUCUUCAGGAAAAAAUAAUGAUGUAUAGCGAAAUUACCAAGGAAGACGUGGAAAGGGUGCUCUGUGAAACUGCUUUGGGCAUUGUGAAUGAAAUGCUGGGUCCUUGAUCACGUAGACAAGAGAAUGGGAUGGAAGAUGUAUUUUAAACUUCAAAGAGAACUACAUGCUUUAUCAUUUUUUGCCUCGCGUAAAAAAUGUAUCGUUUUAACUGGUUUUUCUUUGAAAUAUUUUUAAUAGAUUUUAAUAGAUUUUAAUAGAUUUUAAUAGAUUUUAAUAGAUAUUUUUAAAUGAGUUGUGGUUCAAAAAUUGAUUUUAUUAAAAAAUGUACAUAUUUUAUAAAAUGCUAUUAUAUUAUGCAAUAAGUGGUUGUGUUAUUCCUUGUACAUAUAUUUUAAAGAAGGCAUGACCAAGCUUUUGGCUAGCCUGGGUCAGCCUGAAGAGGAUUUGUCUUACGCCGCACACAAAAUAUCAAAUAUACCUAAUGUAUAUAAAUACUGCUAUAAUAAUGUUAAAAGUUUCUGUAAGAAAUGAGCAGGCUGAGCCCAAGGGAGGAGUUAAAUUCAUCAUAAGUCUUCAGUCCGGCCCUCCUUGAACUUCAUUUUGCUUUGACCAUUAGCAGCUCAGAUUUUUGUAGCGAGUAUUUGCAUGCAAUAAAUCCAUAUUCAUUUGAACCACUCUGGCUCCUGAUUUCUUACAUUU